GGUAUAUAGUCAUAACUAUGGCGUUGGUUUAGUACGUGUCGUCUGCACUGAACUUGCGAAAGUAUUAUGGGUUGUUGAUUUUUUAUGAUUCACAAAUUCUACUACUAUAAAUUUAUAUUUUCUUUCACUUCAUUCCUAAUUGAAUGGUUUGUUCAAGAUGGGUGAAGAAAAACCAAUGGAACCGACAGCUGGAGAAGGAUUAUCUAAGAAAGCUCUUAAGAAACAACAAAAAGAAGCAGAAAAAGCUGCAAAAAAAGCAGAACGUAAAGCUCAAGUACAAAUGCAACAAGAUGUAAUAGAUGAAGAUGAUAUAUCAUUUGGCAAAUAUGGAGAGUUUUCUAUGAUACAAAGUAAAGAAACAUAUAAGGAAAGAAAUUUUGUUCAUGUGAAAGAAUUAAAUAAAAGAUUAGAAAAUCAAACUAUAUGGUUAAGAGGACGCUUACAUACAAGUAGAGCAAAAGGCAAACAAUGUUUCAUAGUACUAAGACAGCAGUCUUAUACGGUACAAGGGUUAGCUGCAGUGAAUGAACAAGUUAGCAAGCAAAUGAUCAAAUUUAUAUCAAAUAUAACAAAGGAAUCUAUAAUAGACAUUGAAGCAAUUAUAAAAACAGUCCCUGCUAUUAUUGAAUCCUGUACACAAAAGGAUGUAGAAGUACAUAUUCAAAGAAUUUUUGUAGUAAGUGCUGCAAAACCGCAAUUACCGCUCCAAAUUGAAGAUGCAGCUAGAGCCGUUAAUGAAUCAGAUGAUACAGGAUUGAACAUAAAAGUUAAUCAAGAUACCAGAUUAGACAAUAGAAUAUUGGAUUUGCGUACUCCUGCUAAUCAAGCUAUAUUUAGAAUAGAAGCUGGAGUGUGCAAACUUUUUCGAGAUAUUUUAACAGCUAAGGGCUUUGUUGAAAUACAUACACCAAAGAUUAUUUCUGCAGCAAGUGAAGGUGGUGCAAAUGUAUUUACUGUAUCCUAUUUUAAAGGAAAUGCAUAUUUGGCUCAAUCUCCACAACUUUACAAACAAAUGGCUAUAGCAGCAGAUUUUGAUAAAGUUUAUACCAUUGGAGCAGUUUUUAGAGCUGAGGAUUCCAAUACUCAUAGACAUUUGACAGAAUUUGUUGGUCUUGAUUUAGAAAUGGCAUUUAAAUACCAUUACCAUGAAGUUAUUAAUACUAUCGGUCAAAUGUUUACUGAAUUAUUCAGAGGCCUGCGUGACAAUUAUGCCGAUGAAAUAGCAGCUGUCAAUCAACAGUAUGCAGUAGAACCUUUUAAAUUCUUAGAUCCACCCCUGAAGUUAGAAUUUCCACAAGCAAUUGAACUAUUAUCUGAAGCGGGUGUAACUUUAGGAGAAGAAGAUGAUUUAUCAACACCAGAUGAAAAACUAUUGGGGAAACUUGUAAAAGCUAAAUAUGAUACCGAUUUUUAUAUUUUGGAUAAAUAUCCUUUAGCAAUAAGGCCUUUCUAUACUAUGCCUGACCCCCAUAAUCCUAAAACAUCAAAUUCUUAUGACAUGUUUAUGCGUGGUGAAGAAAUCAUAUCAGGUGCACAACGUAUUCAUGACCCAGACUUUUUAACAGAACGUGCCAAAUAUCAUGGUAUUGAUAUUGAGAAGAUUAGAUCAUAUAUCGAUGCAUUUAGAUAUGGUUGUCCUCCUCAUGCCGGUGGUGGUAUUGGCUUGGAACGUGUGGUGAUGUUAUAUCUUGGUUUAGAUAAUAUUCGAAAAGUUUCUAUGUUUCCACGUGAUCCUAAACGUCUUACACCAUAGAUAUUUACACAUACUACAUUUACUAAAUAUAUAUAGCAUUAAUAUUGCUUUAUAUGUUGACAUUUCUAAAGUGUUUACAAAAUAAAAGAAAUAGAAACAAAA